AAAUAAGUAUUUUCACUGAUGCUGCUGUUUUGUACUUUCGGGGAGGAGUAUCAACCAGCGCCAAUAAUAACCACUAACAGCAGCAACAUCAGUUCAAGAAACAAACAAAAAAAAUAUUUAUAGUGAUUUUUGCAUAUUGCUCGGUCUCCACCGAGUCAUGGAAAUCGCAUCAAGUGUUAAAUAAAAAGCAAACGAAACUGGUGAGAAGACAUUCAGACAGAUUGUCUGCUGUACGCGACUCUUGUUGUCGCCUAUUUGGCAACAUCUUACCACGGCUGGGUGUCUCAACGACUUCAACGUUUUGUAGGGUCUUACGAGAUUCCCUAAUGAGUCAGCCCAGCUAAGUGAUCUUGCUAGUUUAGUAAAUAGUUUAUCGAUGCAUAUGUACUUUAUUAAUACCAUCAAAAAUCAGAAACUGCCUUGUCGCUCAUCUUUACUGCCACUGAUGCACAAAUAGAGUAUUUAACUAUUAUAAAAAUUGUUAAAUGAUUUGUUGCAUACACUAGCGCUUUUAAUUACAAGGUUCGUUUCGGUAGGCCGUCGCCAAUUGUCGGGCAGUCGUCAAGCAAGCAAUUAGUAACUUAUUUACCACACACUUUACAAUUAACUAUCGUAACACUGCGAUGGGUAAUUGCCUGCAUUGCUUCCAGACAUCGUCCGAUAAUGCGGGUUCACCAAGCAUGGCUUCAGCGCCCACCUGCCAAAAACCACAUAUAGAAGAAACGGAUGAAUUGCUCUCGCCCAGAAGUCCACUCAAGAACGCAAACAAUUGUGAUACUAAGCGAAGUAGUUUUAAGAAAUCUUUGGUUCUACUUAAUGGAAAUGCCACCACCAUGAGUGAUAUAAUAACAACGGCCGUAAAGGAAACGCUUGAAGUGUCAGAUAAUACACUUAACCAGCUUUUCGAGGAAUAUAAAGAUCCCGAGGAAGAUAUGAUACUCACUGAAGGUAUUGAACGUCUAUGUCAUGACCUCAAAUACCAGCCUGACGAAUUUGCAAUACUUGUGUUGGCCUGGUGUUUGGAUGCAUCUCAAAUGUGUCGAUUCACCAAGUCGGAGUUCAUUGAAGGUCUACACAAGAUGUGCGCAGAUACUAUCGAAACAGUACGAAUAAGACUGGAGCAAACCAUUGAAAUGCUCAAAGUGGACACAGAAAUGUUUAAACAACUCUACCGUUUCACAUUUCGUUUUGGUUUAGAGCCUGAUCAGCGGAUACUCUCCUUGGAUAUGGCCAUCAGUCUAUGGAAAUUGGUAUUCACGGUGCAUACGCCAGAACUGCUCGGUAACUGGAUACAUUUCCUCGAGCAGCACCCCAGCAUACGUGGUAUUCCAAAAGACACAUGGAAUAUGUUCUUAAAUUUCUCCGAACAAUGUGAUAUCAACAAUUAUGACGAUACGGAAGCUUGGCCCAGCUUAUUUGAUGAUUUUGUCGAUUACGAACGUUCAAGGCUGACUACGCUCACUGAAAUGAUUGAAAGUGAAGCCGCAGCUGAUGGUAGUUAUUGUACGACGAAGGGGGUUGUCGGGGAUUCUGCAGAGGACACACAGAUAGAGGCAUGUGUCGCAGCAGGUUACGUUGACGAUGACAACAACAAUGAUGAUUUUAGUCGUCAGACACACCAAUCACAAUUAGGGAAGUCGGGUACAACGGGAACAACGGGUGUUCAAAGCGCUAACGAUGAUAUCUUAUAGUAUUAAACACUUGUUCGAAGAACGAUAUGUCGCGAUAAUUUAAAAAAAAUUUAGUUUUAUUAUUAUUAUUUUUUUUUAAAUAACUAAAAAGAAUUCUUAAAAAACUCAAAAGGCUAGAAAAAGAGGAAAUGAUUAGCCGCAAAGCAUUUCGAAGACGAUAUUUGCAUUUGCGUUUGUGUCGCGCAACGCACUGCUCAUUCGAAGAUCUCCUUUUUUACAAUUAAUAUUAUUAGUAUAAUAAAUAAAUGACUAAUUUGCUUUGUACUAAAUAAAUUAAUGUUCAUUCAUAUUAGACUUGAAACGGAACGAAUAACGCUUUUCCAGUGAGCAACAUGGUGCGUUAGAUUAAGAAUUUUAACACUAAAACCUUAUGUUGCAUAAACCAAUACAUACUUACAUACAUAUAUAAGUGUAUAUUUAGUUUUACUUAAUUUUCAAGCGCCUUUUGAUUAUGUGUGGCACAUUCCCAACUGUUGCGAAUAUUUAAUUAAUUUUUCUGCAUAGGGUUAAGUGGGAGAUACUAUAUACGAAGGUAAUUUGUAACGUAGCAGUAGUAACGAAAAUUUGCGUGCCUCACGAACAAUAUUACCUGGCGUCCUUCCGUUCUACCUUUAUUGAAUUGCAUAACCGUGUGUGUAUUAACAAAAUGUUGCCAAAAUUUUGUAUAGCUAAAAA